AUGCCGGAGGGUUUCCCACGUGUGCAGACGAUAUGCUGGGCCUAUCCGCUACAAACUAUCAUGAUCUUUCCUGCUGCUUUCUUGUACCUAGAUCCCAUUGAGGAAGUUCCUAUCCUGACCUUUGCAAACCGGAAAGUCCACAUCAGCAAGGAGAUCCCGGAUUUCGGCCAAGAGGACAUUACCAACCUGCUGUUGCCUCGUCUGGUACCGCUCCUGAGGGGACUGACUAAGGGUUUCCUGAAUACGGGUGAUGAUGUGACUAUGAUCGCAGUUGAGCAAGUCGUCCAGGGCAUGAACCUUAACGACGAAGCUUGGCCGAAAAGAAUCUAG